GAAGGAACACGAGCAGCUACAGAUGAGGAUUCCUGCGUUCACCAAGCGCGCGGGAGUUUGAUUUCAGGUAGCUGGCGUUUUAAUUAAAGCUGCUGCUGCUGCUGACUGCGCCAAAUAACGCGCAACGAUUCUAAUUUUGAUUGAGGAUUUUUCUGCGCAUGUCUGCGCGUCCAACUUUUCCUCUUCUUCCUCCAGCGCUUGCUCGCACUGAGGCUCUUAUCUGCUCAUCACUUGGACCCGGGCUCGGAUCUCUUACAGUGUAGCGCAAACCGGAUAACCGGGUGUCUCCUCUGUGAUGGGGGCAGCGGGCGAGGUUGGGAGUUUCGGAUUUCUGGACAGCUUUGGACCCGCGGGUGGCGCUCCGGCUCCCGUUGGCUCUCAUUUCGUUCUCACCCCAGCCGGGGCGGUGGACUACAACUCGGUGAACGGACUGAUGAUGAUGGGGGGACACGGGCAUCAGCAGCAGGAGCACGUCGUGUCCGCAGAGAGGCUGUCCCGCAGCCUGGCGGACCUCAGCCACCUGAAGGGGAUUCUGAGGCGGCGGCAGCUCUACUGCAGGACCGGCUUUCACCUGGAGAUCCGUCCCGACGGCACCGUGCAGGGCACCAGGAAGGACCACAGCAGAUUUGGUAUUCUGGAGUUCAUCAGUCUCGCUGUCGGACUGGUCAGUAUCAGAGGGGUGGACAGUGGACUUUACCUCGCCAUGAACAGCAAGGGAGAACUGUAUGGAUCGGAGAAGCUGUCAGCAGAAUGUGUUUUUAGGGAGCAGUUUGAAGAAAACUGGUACAAUACCUACUCUUCCAACAUCUACCGGCAUGGAGAGAAAGGCCCAUUUUACUUUGUUGCUCUGAACAAAGACGGGACUUCACGGGACGGGACAAGGUCAAGGCGACAUCAGCGGUUCACUCACUUCCUACCUAGGCCUGUAGACCCGGAUAGAGUACCAGAGCUGUACAGGGACUUACUGGGCCAGAGUUGAGAGUGAUGGGAAGUCAUAAUUUGACCUGACCUGGUCUGAAAAAAAAAAAAAAGGCAACCAAGUGCACCCAAUCCUGGGCUGUUCUUGAGGAAAAUGGGAGAUCUUGUUGAUCUAAACAGAAUUAGAUCAUAAAUAGUACACCAACUCCACACUCCUCACUGGAGUGGAAGAAGGAACCAGACUGUGUUUGAGUCAGACUGGUGGUGGAGUUUGACCAAACAGCACCAAGGCUCUUCUGUGGAAGUUGUGAAACCUCUAUGAAAGAACCUUUUUUUUGGCCUGUGGAGUGGCGCUGGUGACCAAACAGAUACAUUACGGAUUUCCUACGAGUUACCACUAAUGAAAUCCAACUAGCUGCUUUUCCAAACUGCAUGUGUACGAGGACAUAAGUGUGGAACUCCUAGUUGAGAUUAACAACUGGCUGCUAAUAUGUUUGUUUUAUUUUACUGCUGUGGCUGGUGAAUCUUACCAUUUUCAGUAGGGCUUGUGAUGUUAUUAUACACUAUGUGGCUGCUAUGUUAACAAUUUGUUUUAAUGUCUAAUUCACGAUACAGAGUGGCUGGUUUACACUUAAAGGUAGUUUCAUGCACUGGAGAUCAGCCAUGUUUGUUUUGGGAUCAGGCUGACUGACGUGAUGUUUUGGACUGUCUUCAAAACUGCUCUGAAGACAGAGAGUGCUCAGAAAAUGUGACUUUUUUUGACAAAGAGCCUGGAGAAUAAGAGAAGAAGAGGACCAGUGGCAUUUUAAAAGGAUUUCCUUUGUGGUGGAACUCAUUCUGGAUCCCAGUGAAGGAAGUCUGUUGUUCUCCCACAUGACCACAUGGAACUGACACAGACACUUUUGUUGACAGAUUUUAUUCUUAUUUAUAAGGUUUUGUUACCUAGGACAAACAGUAUAUUUAUUUCAUAUAUUUAUUUAUUUUUGAGAAUAUAUUUU